GCCGUGUUAAAUAAUAAGGGAGGUUAAUAUAAUGCAAUCCAAAAUUAGGUUGAUGCACUGGCGUGAUCCGUCAGAUGACUCGACACAUUUCCCGUCUUGUUCGCAGAUCACCUUACCGGAGGGGGUGAUAGUUUCCAACAAGAUCGAUGAAGCGCAAUUCAUUCAUAGUGCUGCCUACCGGCAGUCCUGCUACCAGGACGCCAUCCCGAUGUUGGACACCAACGUUGGGUUCAUCAUGAACCAGUUCGCGACUCCUUUACCGCUUAUGGCGGACUCGUGGAACCUGUGGACCUUAGACAGUGACAUGGGUGCGUUUGCCUACAGUGUAGUUCCCGUGGUGUAUUCAAUAUCUGCCCUGGCAGUGAUAACUUGGUUUCUAACCAUCUUUGUGCUUACAAACUACACGAUCAAGGCGUCUCUUCUUCUUAGGGCAUCUACAACCCUCCUGUCGAUCUAUCUUUUGGUUACGACGAUCUUAACGAUACAGCUUUUGAACCAACAACAGGCAGAGGGAUAUCUCCAUGGAGCUGAACUAUUGGAUUUCAUAAACACAAGUAACGUGUUGAACAUUCUAGAUCUUAUUGUAGUUAUCCUUCUUCAAAUAAACCAGGCCCAAGUCAUCAUGAGAAUAUUCCUGCGUCAGAAGGAUAAAAGAUUCACCUUGUUGGUUGGUGUCGUGUGUACAUUAACCUCACAAGUUGUAUGGGCAGUAACAAAGUUCCAUGACUUUCGUCUUGACGAUGAGGCUGGGGAUAUUCUCCCAGCGUUCAUCUAUUUGGUUCGAAUCGCUAUGGGGGUAUGCUACGCAGCAAUCAUUUCUGUAUACAUAUUUACCAAAAUCAAUUUAAUCAUUGGUAAUAGAAGUCUAUGGCUUCUUACCUUUUUAACUUCAGUUUUGAUCUACAGUCAUGUGGCGUUUUUCAUAGCCGAUGUUUCAAACUCAUGGGUUUCGGAAUUGUCUGAAGUGUUUCUGUGUGUCACCUAUGUCAUUUGUGUGGUGAUUCCAUGGGAAUGGUGCAAUAGAUUAAAUGUGAUAUUAAGAGCACGAGAAAAGGAUGGACUCUUGGGAAGAAGAUUCUACGAAGAUGAACUAUAUGAAUUGGAUAGAUUUGAACUAUUCACUGAAAAUGAAAAUAAUGAUAAUGAUAAUGAUGAAAAUGACGAAAAUAAUAAUGAUAAUGACAACGAAAACUCCACCUCCCAGAAUGGACCCAAGGAGAAUCAUAUAACACAUCUGGUACAAGGGAACAAAAUUGUAUCCCUUUUGGGUAAAACGAAACUGACGAUAUUAAAUCUUACCGAUCUUAUUAUUGCCACCGGUUUGGCAAUUCCAAGAUCAGUCAGUGUAUCAACCCCACCAAUUAAAGUUGCUCAAGGAGAUGCUAUACAAUUGGAAAACUUUGGUUCAACAAAUGCAAGACAAACAACCAGCCAAGUUGUUAAUGAAGAACCAGAUGCUGUUGGUAGCAGUAGAAAUAGAAGGGAUGUCUUUUUAUAUUCCAGAAGAGAAGUAGUGAUAAACUUUUCUGAUAGCGAAUAGUAAUAGAAAUAAAGAAUUCUCCUCUUAUUAUUUAUAAAUGUAGUGUAUAUUUAUUAUUAUUAUUAA